GCUGCUGGUGGCCGAAACGAUGAUGCGGAAGGAAGCAGGCGAUUGGGCUGAAGGGACGGAGAAAGCUGCGGCGUUAAAAGGACCGCCGUGAUUGGCUCGGCCGCUUGGGCAAUGAGUCUCUGAGACCCCCUUUUCAAGUCUACAUUUCAACUGAGCCAUUUGUGGUCAUUAUAAAAAAAUAAUCGGUCUUCACCCACAAUACGAAUAGUGGAAUAGCUCACCUCAGAGAACGGUACUUAUGAGGAAAAAAGGAGGGAAAGAGAAAUGAAAUUGAAAAAUUGGGUCAUGUAAAAGAGAGGGGGGGGGGACACGUGAUACCUCUCAAGGGAAACAAAGUGGAGUAGCGUACAGUCCUUUCCGGUUUCUGUUUAAUCGCCUCUUUGUGGGGCGCUCUACCCACGUGGGUCUCUAUGGUGUUCUAUCUUGUUUCUUUGCGGUGGUUGCUCCUCCGGUUCGUUUGGGAACCAGUCGUGUACUGCGUUUCAUAGUGUCUCUCUAAAGCUGAUUCUCUAUGGCCCUGAGUGGGACAGAAGGUUCCGGAUCACGUGAAAGGAAGAGCGGCCGUACUUUCCGGUUUGAGAGCUGCUGGCAUGGAGGCGGUGGUUGUGGCUCGUCGCCACGCGCAAAAGCGGGCUCGGCUGGAAAAGGGGCGACGGGAAGGUGAGGUGGGGCGCGGAACCCUUGACCACGAUGAUGGUGGCCAUCGCGUGGUGCCCGCGGAGGAAGAGAACCGUCGCGCUCAGCACUUGGCUUUACUGGCAGAGAAGCCCGGGCCGGAGGAGCGUGGCCUGGAGGAGCUGGUCUUCGGGGCCGCAGAGGAGGGCGAAGAUUUACUGCGACGACUGCAAGGCUCGUCCGCACAGUCUGAUAAUGUGGUCAGUGGAAACCUUCUUGAGGAGUCUGACUCAGAAGCAGAGAGUGAAACUGAGGACAAUUUUAUUCCGUCCAAAAAGCCGGCAUGGGUAGAUGAGGAUGACGAAGCUGAAGAAGUGGUUGAUAUGACCCAUCGAUAUCGUAAAAAUAUGAUGAAAAGUGAUGCAGAAAGAAAGCUUACGAAAGAAAAACUUCAAAGACGGCUUCAAGAACAAUUUCAGUGUGCUAUGGGAGGAGCCCCUUCUUGGGCACAAAGGGAGAGGAAGAAGAAAAUCAGAAAAACAAAAAAUGAUGAUGUAAGCGAGGAUGAAGAGGAAGAUGAUCUGUUACGUAAGACAGGCAAUUUUGUGACCAUGUCAGACUCAUUACCAAGAGGCAUUUUACAGAUGAAGAACUGCUUGCAUGCCAAUAAUGAACGUCUGUCAGAUGCAAAACUGACAACUGUGCAGUUUCAUCCUUCUGCUCAAGUUGUUAUGACAGCUGGGCUAGAUCAGUCUAUAUCACUGUUCCAGGUGGAUGGUAAUACAAAUCCAAAAAUACAAAGUAUUCAUUUGGAAAGCUUUCCGGUCUACAAGGCACAUUUCAGUGCAGAUGGAGAGCAGGUUAUAGCUACUACAACACGUGAUAAGCUGUUUUACAUCUAUGACAUGAUAGGUGGAAAAGUUAUUCCUGUAAAUCAUAUUAGAGGAUUAGAGGAGAAAUUUGUCCGAAAAUUUGAAGUAUCACCAGAUGGAACAUUGCUACUCCUUAGUGGGUCAUCAGGCUAUCUGCAUUUGAUCUCAAUGAAGACAAGAGAGCUUGUUGGCAACAUGAAAAUAAAUGGGAGGGCUGUUGCAUCAUCCUUCUCUCCAGAUGGCAGCAAAAUUUUUACCCACUCUGUUGAGGGUGAAGUCUUCAUAUGGGAUGUGAAAAGUAGGCAGUGUCUGAAUAGGUUUACUGAUGAAGGUUGUCUGAGUGGUACAAGUAUUGCAGUCUCAAAAAACAGCCAAUAUGUGGCAUGUGGUUCCAGUUCUGGAGUUGUGAAUGUGUAUGCCCAUGACAACUGUCUCAGAGAAACUAAUCCUAAACCUCUUAAAGCUAUAAUGAAUCUGGUCACAGCUGCUACAUCACUAUCCUUCAAUCCCACCACUGAAAUACUGGCAGUAGCUUCCAAUAAAGUUGACGACGCGGUGAGAAUGGUCCACAUUGCUUCACUUACUGUGUUCUCAAAUUUUCCGGUGCUCGGAAGAAAACUAAUACGCUCUGUUCGAUCUAUGGACUUCUCGCCUAGAAGUGGGUAUUUUUCUCUAGCUAAUGACAAAGGCAAAGCGUUAUUGUAUAGGUUGAAACACUACUCAGAUUUCUAAACUGGCUACUUCGAAUGAGAUGGUGUAAUCUGUGAUUCAAAGAAUGUGGAUUUAUUGUUCAGUGCCUCAGUGUUUUCAUAUGUAUGUACAUGAGAAACAAUAUACAGCUUUUUUGGUAACUUUCACAAA